AUGAAUCAAUAAUAUCAAUCAGGUGAUGUUGAAGAUCAUGGGUUCUAAUAACAAGAGCCAAAAAAAUAUGUUUAAGUCGCCACCUACCUCGAUGUGUACUACGAAGUGCAGAAAAUCAGGAAGUUUGAGGAUGGAAUUGAAACAAUAGAAUUAAAUGAUGCAUUGCAUCAAGGCAAGACUUCCCAAAUGCGUUCAUGUAGGCAUCAUAUCUAAAUUAAGAUUACACUAUAAAAUGGAUGGAAUACUUUGCUGAACUUGAGAUUGAGUUAAAAGCCAUCCUCCUUGAUAGAGCACUCUUUGUCCCUGACCAAAAUCAAUAUUUCAAUAAGCGUCUCAUGCCGAUGAUAGAAGUCGCUCUCGAUAAAUCGUAUUGACCUUCUUUCUAACUAGUAUAAAUGAUCCCACCAAAUUAAAGAUCUAAUGUUACAUCAAUGAGAUCCUGCUUCUAGCUCAAAGAGUGAGUCUUAAGAUAUGGAAGGAACACCCUCAGAUUUCACUUUCAAUCCUAAAACGUUUGCACUCUAACCUUAGCAAUUCUUUCUAUGUUAGUAAAAUUAAAGAGUUAAGUGUCUAUAUUGAAUCCUUGAAUGACUUCUACGGGGAACGCUUGCAUCACGGUGUCAGCAAUGAAUUAGAAGGCUAUGACAACGCCUAUUACACAGAGCCUUACAAUUCCAAGACCUUUUAUCCACUCAGGGGGGAGAUCCUGGAUUCCUAUCGAAUGAAUCAAGACGUGACUUCGUUCUCCCCAUUUCAAAGAAUUCAAAUCCAUUACUUCUACAAGAAUGGAGGAUUUGCUCUCUUGGAUGACUCCAUUAGGAAUUUCAAUCUAAAUAAUUUGGAUGUCUUCUCCAUCUUCCAAUAUCUCAAUUCUUUUUUGGAUAGGCAGAAGUUUUUGAAUUAUUUCCAUCAUUUCGACUUUCAGUCUUUGACAUCCAAAUUAACAGAGGAGGAAAUCAAGAAUUCCAAUCGAGACACAAUUAAAAAGUUGACUGACGGAAUCGAAAAUGUAUUUGAUCAGUUCUACACUUCCGCAAAGAAGAAAGAAUUUACAGCCUUGUCUGAAAUGAGUGUGUAUUUACAAUGUUUCCGAUGCACAGCCUUGGAGAAGAGGAUUUAUGGUAUCUCAUAAUUAAAAACUAAUUUAAGGAUUGUAACAAUUUUGCGAUAAAAUCAAUACUGCGUAGUCCAAUGAGUUUAUGGGUCAACAACAGUAUUAUAUUAAUGACGAAUGGUAUAAAAAUGACAAUGUGUUAAAAUACAUGGUGGACAAUCAAGUAUUCUAAGAGUUAUUUGGAGAGAAGGCUCAUUUUGAAUUGAUAAAGAGAUCAUUCCCAAUCAUUCAAUUUCUGUACCUACAUCAGAAAUUAAGUAAAGAUGAAAUAUUGAGCAUACUCAGAUUAGGAAAAGGUAAGCAUGAGACUUGGGAUAAUAUGAUUUCCAAAUUGCUCACAGACUUGGCAGAAAUCUUAUCAUUAGAGGACGUUGAAACUCUGAUUCAAAAUAUAUAGUAGAGUUAGAUCGAUUAAAAUGGACUCAAUUUUAUUAAAAGCUUGGGGAGAAACAAAUAUUUGAGAUAGGAUUUAGAAAACUAGAAUAAAAGAAUGGGAAAUAAUAAUAAUGAUAAUUUUACAAAUUAGAAUGAGAGAUCAAGUGGGAAAAGAAAAUAUGAAUAAUUUGAUACAGAUUAUAGGGAAACAGAAUAAAAUAAAAAUGAAACUAUCGAGCAAUUUGAUAAUGAGUGGGCUAUAAAAUUGAAAUCUCAGAUUGUUGAAUUCUUAUUAAAUAUAGUUCAUGAAUAACCAAGCACUGAAAUUGGUCAGUCAGCCUUUUAAAUAGCUAUCAAUCUGAUAUGUCAUCAAUUCAAAUCACUUAGAUAGUAAUAUCUAUUGCAUGGGUUUUCGAAUUUGAUUGCUUAAGAGCAACCAUUACCAGUUUGUAAUUACAUCACUGUGUUACAGAAGAUCAUUUCAUCAUCUUAUCCGUUGGCUGAAUUUAAUAAUUCUAGAGAUGUCUUGAAAUGGAUCUAGGACAAAUACGAUAUCAAAUUGAACUUUUUAAAAGUAAUGGGAAGAGAAAAGUUGAAAUUGCUGAAAAGGGAAAGUAAGGAUUACUUAUAAACAAUUGAACAAUUUGUUAAAUUCUACGAAUUCCUUCAUUAAGAUUCAAAAAUCACAAGAGCUUAGUUGAUGAUCUUAUGGAAAUUGUUGGUAGAGAAUGCAAGAUGUACAGAGGAGAAAGAUCUAUUUUUUAAUUGGGUUGGAGAUGUCAAUAAGAAAUUCUUGGAUUAAGAGGCCAUAGAGUUCUUGUUCGUAUCCACUAUCAAAUGCUCAUGCCUAAGUCAAUAAAUGUUGUAAUGCUUGACUAAUCUAAUUCUAUAUUUCAAUGUCUAAUAUAAGGUAAUGAAGUUGCAGUAUGAUCAAUAUACAAUUGUUGAUGCAGAAAUUAUCGGAUUGCAAGUAUUAUGGAAGAUCUUCAAACAGCAAGUGCAAUUGGGACCUUAAUUGUAGCAAUUCUUCAUUAAGCUUUUGCGAUUCAAAUAGCAAUAGACUAUUCUAAAUUAAUUAAAACAACAAUACUUAGUGUAAUUGUUCAAUUAAAUUAAUAAUCCUAAUUCUCUGUCAUUGAUAAUCAAACUAUUAGAAGAGUUUGAAGGGUACUAAUUAAUAGAAUAAGGGGAAAAGGUGUUUGUGACUAUUGAUAAUAAAUGCAUGGAUGCUAUGCCUCCAAAGAGAUAAGAUAUUCAAUUAUUGAGUGGGUUGCCAGUAUUAUAAGCCAAAUAAAUAAUCGGAUAGAAGUUGAAUCCAUCUUUGAAGCCGGAUGAAUUCGAUAUAUUCUGCAGAGGAACUCUGUUUGAUGACAACAAGACACUUAAAGAUUAUAAGGUUAACUAGAAAUUGACUUUUGUAAUAUCAAAAAGAGAGAACUUGACAGAUGAGAUUAAUGCUUAUAAUAACACUACCAAUUAGAUCUCUAAUGAAUACGUGCCAAGUGAUUCAGAUGAGAAAGUCCAAGAAAUUAUCAAUAUAGUGUAAAUCCAAGACAGGGAUUUCAUAGUUUCAGUGUUGAAGGAAAAGAAUUGGCAGGUAGAUAAUGCUAUAUGCGAUAUUUUGGAUCGGGGAGAACAAUUGCUUUAGGAAUACUAGUAAAAGAAUCCACAGAUUAAGAAACAAUAAAAGGCUGCGAUGAAACAACAAACUGAUGAGAUUUCAUUUGCUUCAUUAAUCUCAAAUAAUUACAUUAAUUAGUUAUUCAUACUACUUAAUGAAGGGAAUCAUGAAUAGAGUGCUAAGGUUUGGUCCAUCUUGUAAAUGAUUCCCAGGAAUAAGGAAGUGUACGAGUUGAUAGAGUAGUCAUAAACAGAUUGGUGCAAUCUCUUGAUGGUAGAUAACAAAUACAAAUUACAAUAUCACUUGUAAAUUCUAAAGGAGUAAUUGUAAUGUGACUAUAUUGAAGACCAAGAUGAAUAUGAAAAGAGAAAAGCGUUGAGAGAAAACUUCCUCUUUUAGGGCGGCUUAAAAUUACUGCUAAUCCAAUUGGACAAUCCAAUUGAAAUAUUGAUUAUUAUCUUAGAUAUCUUCUAAAUCUACUUCUUGGCCUAUUCAAUGAGCAGAUUGAUGAUGAUGAAUUAGAAUGAGUUCUUACAACUCUUAAGAUUGAAGCAAGCUGUGUCUUAGAAGGACGAAGACCCUAAACUAUGCAGUCUAUUUAGCAUAUAAUUAUAGAAGUAAGAGAAACCCAACAUACAGGGAUACGACGAAGCUUAACUACUUUAAUAAGUGUUCUUUAAUUCUGACUUAGAAGUAGAAUGGAAUGUGUUGUUGGAAUCUCUGAUUCAUAGAAUUGGAGUUGAAUAGAUUUACACAAACAUCCUAUGUAUCUUGUAUAUGAAACCUGAAUUACUUAAAUUUGAAUUGCCCAUCAACAGGUUGGUAGAAUUGCUAACUAGUGCAAAUGAGGAACAACGAAAAUUGACAGCCUACUUCAUACUGACUCUUCAAGAUAUUGGAAAGAGAAAUGGAGUGAAUCUUAGCAAUGAUAUUUUGAAGGCCUUAAUCAAGGGAGAAACAUAAUAUGAUGAGUUGUACCUUGUGAUUGCUGGAUUGAUUGGUUAGGUGAAUGAUCUGACAUUCUUCGAUACUCAUCAAUUGGCUUAAUAGAUAAUCUCGUUGAUUUCCAAUAGGGAAAUUAUUGAGCAAAGAUUCACUGAAAAUGAGGAUAAGCUAUUGCAAGGAAAUUUGCUAUUGUUGACUUCUUUGUUGCAGGUGGACAAAAACAUUAAGGUAGAUAUUGAAUUUACAAAAUACUUAUACAAAUGUCUAUUUGAGAUGAAUAAUGAUUAUUACAAAUACCCUGUUUAUAAACGAAAACUAACAAGAAAGAGAGUAUUCCAAUUGUUAUUGGAAUUGUGUAAAGAUGAAAAUCAUUUACACGAGUUGUUACCUCUGAUUUAAAACCAUCACUAAUUGAAAUUCGAUGUCAAUGAGGUCGAUAUGGACUUGGGAGUCAAGGGUUCUCAUGGUUUUGUUGGAUUACGUAAUUUGGGGGCUACUUGUUAUAUCAAUUCUCUGCUGCAAUAAUUCUAUAUGAACACACCCUUACGUAAAGGAAUCUUGAAUGGGCAGAUCAUGAUCACAGAGAUGAAGGCUCCUCUCAUCUUCGACAACAUCAAUGCUGUUGAUUCACCAAUUUUGCAACGUAAAUUGGCUGAUCACACUCUACACUAAUUGUAAUUAGUAUUCAUUCAACUCCAAGAAUCUGUGAAGCAGUUUAUCAAUCCUCAUUAAUUGAUUAAAACUUUGAAGGGAUAUGAUGGGGAAGUCAUUAAUGUCGUAAUUUAACAGGAUUGCAAUGAAUUUUUUAAUUUAAUCACUGACAAAUUAGAAUAGGAUCAGAAAUUCACUAAUUAAUCGAAUUUAAUCCAUUAAAUAUUAGGUGGUACAUUAGUCAAUGAAAUCAAAUCAUUAGAACCUGAGUAUGAUUUUAGGAGAGAAAAUGAAGAACCAUUUUUGACAGUGUCCGUUGACAUCAAACAUAAGAAAUGUCUUGAAGAAGCCUUAGAUUUGUUUGUUAAGGGAGAUGUUCUUGAUAGAGAAAAUAAGUAUUUCUGUGAAGAAGUGUAAAGAAAGAUUGAUGUCUAAAAGAGACAAUACUUUAAGAAACUGCCCAACACUUUCAUCUUCCAUUUAAAGCGAUUUGAAUUUGAUUACAAUACGAUGUUGAGGAUUAAGAUCAAUGAUUAUUUUGAAUUCCCUCAGGAGAUCAAUAUGUUUAAGUGGACAAGAGAUCAUAUAGUAGAGAAUAUAGAAGUUCAAGAUUAGAGUGAUUAUAUGUACAUUCUCAAAGGAGUGUUGGUACAUGUUGGGAGUGCAGAAGGUGGACAUUAUUAUUCCUAUAUUCGAGAUGUUGAUAAGUGGUAUGAAUUCAAUGAUAAGGUGAUUUGUCCAUUUUAGAUUGAGAAUCUCAAAACUGAAUGUUUUGGAGGAGCCAACAACAACCUUUCAGAAUGGGGAAUGAGUAAUAGUAAGAAUGCAUAUAUCUUAUUCUACGAGAAGGUCAAGCAUAGCAUUCAAGAACAGCUCUAUUAAAAAGGUACUAAUGAGGAACUAUUGAUUCAAAAUGUAAUUAGUGAGAACACUGAGUAUUUGAAGAGUUAAUUAUUUUGUGCUCAGGAUUACUUGAAAUUCAUCUAAACUUUUGCGUAGACUUUGCAAAUCAAAACUCCAUAUAAAGUGACUCACUAAUUGUCUAAAGAAAUUAAUUUGAAUGAGUUAGACAAUCUUCCAUCAUUAAGAAUGAUUAAAUUACUAACUUUCUUCACUUAUGAAGUCCUACUUAGAAACAAGGACUAACAGAUGUUUUAAUAUAACAUGCAGGUAUUGAGUGACUUGUACAAAUAAGAACCAGCUGCUAAUUUCUGGUUUUUAGAUCUAUUAAGAAAUCACAAAUUAUUGAUCAUUGACUUAUUGAUCGAAUCUUCGUAUUCCGAUGUCAGAAAUGCCUUUGCACAAUUGAUAAUUCAAUCGAUCACCAUAAUCAUCGAAUAUGAACAACACUACUUAUUUGAAGACUCUUGCAUAGGUCGAUUCCUUGAGUUCUACAUACAAUCACUUUUAAAGGUGGUGAAGGGUACUCUCAGGAGAGGAACAGAAUACUUCACAGUAAUAAAGAAUAUUUUAACCAACAACCAACUUUUGGUGAAGCACUUUUAUUAGUAAGAAUAUUUUAAAUAGGUGUAUUCAUUAUUACAAGAAACAGUGUCAGAAGCACAUGUAUAUACGUCAUUUAAAUUACAGUCGUUGUAAACGAACAACACUGAUUAGCCAUUGAUGGUGAUCUGUGAUAUUAUCACUAAAGUCAUAAUGAGUUGUAGGACCUAGAGUAUGAUCGAAUUCAAUGAGGAUGCUCCAACCUAUCUAUUCAAAGGACAGAAGGAAUUGGAUAUUGAUUAGUUCUGGUUGAGCAGAUUGUUAGAUACUGAUGAUUUCAAGAAGUACAUAUUGGCUAUGAUUCAAUUCCAGCCAAAUCUGAUUGAUAUGAUCAAACAUGUUUGUUGGAAGAAUUCGAAAAUCAGUUCUCAAAUCAUGACCUUGAUAGUGUCCUAAUUCUUAGAUUUUCUAAUUGAGUGGCAAUACUUGGAACCUCUUUCUUAGACAGUUGAAGCCUUGUUAAAAAUGGAUGACAAUUUGUUAGAAUUGCGUUUUCAAGGUUUAUUGUGUGAACCCUUUAAGAUCUUGUCAUGUGUAAAGGGUUCUUCAAUAAUGAAUGCCAUUGUCUCCAACUUUGAUAAGGAUAAGAAUUACGGCUUUUGUAUGAUAGCCAUACUUGCAAAUUUGGCAGCUUAAAUCAACUAUGUUGGGGAGCACUUCAAGAAAAAUAAGCAACAAUUCGAAAUAUUGCUUUGGAAGGCUAGAGAGUAUAAGAAUAUCAAUUAUGGCUUGUACUUCCCAGUCAUGAAGAUUUAGAAAUCUAUACAAUAGGUAAUUUGAUUGGCUUAUAUUUAUUAGUUAUCUGCCAUUUUCGAAGAACCUGAAAGACCCAUAAUUCAAGUCUCCGAUCAAAAAUGUAAUUAAAUGGUCCAAGAAGAACCUGAACCAGAGGACACCAAUCUUCAAGUGAUUCAUCUGAUCCAACUAAAUGAGAACAACUAUACUUAGACUAAAGAAGACUCGAUGGACAAUAACAAUCCAUCUGAUAGAGAGAAUCCAACUGAUUAAUUAUCAGAAUGAAUAAUAAU